GAUCAGAGAGAAGACAGACAAGCAAAGGCAUCUUAGAGUUAAAGCUCAAAUUUUGACUUUUUUACCAUCUCCAUUACAUUUUAAACCAAGACGUUGGACUGAGAAACAUCAUGGUACCAUGGCGUCUCAACUGCUAGGGCUGGCCUUCUUGUUUCUGCGUUCCAGUGUGGCCAACUCUGUAAUAAAUGGGCUGCAGAUCACUACCACUGGGGAGGUGGUGUACCAGGAUACCAGCGUGUUUGGGGUGGUGGGCAGGGCGGUAAAUCUGGAAUGCGGCCCCACGUUGCCCGACAUGUACAUAUGGAGCUUCACCAUGCCCGGCACCGAAGCCAUAAAGGCUGUGCUGUACAAUCUGGGGCAGGGGGUAAGGAUCCAGAAGCUGGCCGAGACCCUCGGAGAGCUGACGCCCAUCUCAAGCAGUGCGGCUGUGACCAUCAAUAAGCUGCUCAUAGCUGCAGAGGGCCUGUACACCUGCCAGGCCUUUUACGACAUAACAGGGGAGCCCAAAGUGUACUACUACUACGUGCAUCUCAUUGUCCGAGUUCCCAUCACCAACCCAUACCUCCUGAUAAGUGACACCUCUCCCGUGGAGGGCUCUACGGUGUGGAUGAGCUGCAAACUGGAAAACGGGACCGGGCCCGUCCAGUAUUCGUGGGAACACGAAACCCGCACCGGAAACAUCACAACGUUUGCUCAGAGCACCAGCAGCACAAUCAACGUGACCAACGUGAGCCGCAACAACACAGGCUGGUACCGCUGUGUGGCCAGCAACGACGUCAACAGCGAGAGCUCCAACCGGUUACUGCUGGACAUCAUCUUCGGACCAGACGUUCCUCAAAUAGACGUUACUCCGUACACAAUAACAGAGCGUGGCUACUCAGCACUGGAGAGAGAGACUGUCUCUUUGAUGUGUCAAGCCCAGUCCAAUCCGGCCAGUCAGUACGUCUGGUUCUAUAACAACUCCCAGGUCUACACUGGACCACAGUUCACCAUCACCAAGAUCCUCCGCAUGCACACUGGCGACUACUCCUGCCUAGCACAGAACACCUACCUAAACACCAACUCCAGAAAAACCAUCAGCCUGACUGUCUACUACCCACCUGACGGCUCCCCCUCCUGUUCCUUGGAGGCAGCUCUGAAUUACACCUCUCUGAGACUGCUCUGCUCAUGGUCUGGUGGAUUCCCUUCCCCUUCUGUUCAGUGGAUUGGAGAUCUGAAAGAUGCUAAACAAGACCAGGUCGACACAGGGCACAAAAGCAGUUCGUUAACCAACACUGCCCUUUUGCUGCCGUCUGAAGGCCUCCCCUCCAGCAGCUUUUUUACAUGUGCGGGCUCCCACGUGGCACUCAGGCAGUCGGCAAAUUGCAGCACACAUGCAUAUCUUCCAACUACAGAGCCAAAUUGCUUCGCCUAUGUACUAGAAAACAAGCAGAAUCUGUUUCUGUCAUGCUCCUGGGAUGGAGGGGCCCCAAAGGCAUUGGUAUGGUGGGAAGGCCCAGGAGGCCAGGGAAAUGGCGGGGAGGAGAACGCCAACAUCCUGAUUCUUGGCUACGGUGCUGCCUUCAGUGGGAAACCAUACACCUGCCAUGCUAAGCAUCCACUUUUGUUGGAAACCAAGACCUGCAGGCUCACACUGGAGGCCCCCGUGCUGCUGACACAGCGCAGAGUCGUAUCUGUCUAUGAGGGGAGUGACGUCCAGCUCACCUGCAACCUCAGAGCCAACUAUCUUCCAGUCAAUGAUGUCACCUGGUUUAACAAUCAGGGUGAGGACGUCCAAGGCACCUCAAAGUAUGUUCUGCUGCGAAAAUCUGGAUGGACCAAUCUGACUGUGAGAGACACAGACGGCACCAAAGACAGCGGCGAGUACAGGUGCUCCACCUCCAACGCAGUGGGAGGAACCUACAUCAAUGUCACUUUAGUCGUCAAGAAAUACCCAAUGCCACCCAAUGUAACUCUGGUCAAAGUGAUGUACAACAGCCGGCAGAGGAAUGCGGUAGAGCUGGAGUGGCAUGUACAAAGCGAGGAGGACAGCGGUUGGACGGGUUUCAUCCUGGAGCACACACCGGUGUCUGAGAAGAUGGGACUCAAGGGAAGGAACAACGGGACCAAAGAGACAGAUGGGCGGAUUACCACAACAGAUUGGUACAGUACGGCCAUCCAGGAGCCAAAGCUCAGAAGCUACACAGUGGCAAAACUGACGCCCACCUUUACCUACCAGUUCCGCAUUACACCUGUCAACUACCGCACCAUAGGACAUCCUUCUGCAGCAAGGACUCCAGUGGAACCAGGCAAUAACAUGUACGGUGCUGUGGUCGGGGCAGCUAUAGGUGGGAUGAUCUUUGCCGCCAUCCCGACAGUGCUGCUGCUCAUCUACAUAGUCCGCAACCGCAAUAAUAACUCCCGCCUACAUGACAUGCUGUUUGGCUCGCAGCACAGCCAGUCCAGGGAGAACAUCAACUUUCCGGAGGAUGAAGUGGUAGGAAGCUCAGAGGGAGGAACAGAGGAAAUGGGUGGACCAUCUAGUCCAGGAUCAAGCAUGGCUUUACCUCGGGCAGCUUCACCCCUCACUACUCCCCCGAGUGCCACCCUCACUGCCAGCCAACCCCCUCCCCCUGGAGAUGACGAGCCAGUGAGCGUCAUCAUCAGUGUCAAGGCUGCAGGCUCAUAACUAUUUAUUGGUUGUAGUUUACGCUGAAAUUAAGAUUUUUUUUGUAGACAUUUUCACUUUUCUGUGAUUUAAAUAUCAGUAUAAUUACAAUAAACACUGACAAGCCCUGCUUACAUUUGUGAGUAAACGCCUUGUCAGCCUUAC